UCUCUCUCCUCCUUCAAACACGCUCAGACCUUACACUCAAGCAAAUUACCUCUCUCACACUCAAGCUGUCGCAAGCAGACGGCACUAAUCCACACAGCUGCUCUCUACCAGCAUAUGCAGAACAGAGAAAAACAAGAAGGCGACACAUCUGUACCGCUCUCAUGAAGUGCUAUAUACUUCCUCUCCUCCUCAUCCUCAGGGUGAGGGGUGGACUCGGGACCCCACUGAUGGCCAGUCCCAGCCCUACCGAGACCCCCAGCGCACUGCCAGACCCAUGCGAGGGCAGACCAUGUCUGAACGGUGGCAUCUGUAGUCGGGUGGGAGAGAUUGAGGACGGCACCCAGAUGCAGUCGGAUCUUUGGACUUACGCUUGCAUCUGCGGCCAGGGGUUUACAGGACAGAACUGUGAGUUUUUUGCAGAUCCCUGUGCCAGCAGCCCCUGUCUCCAUGGCAACUGUAGCCAGGACGGCGAGGGGGAUGGGUUCGUAUGCGAGUGCAGCGAGGGUUACGGCGGCGUCUGUUGUGACCUGCCGACCUUGACCUUUGACCUGUCCGAGUCCACCUGGGACCUCGCCGAGAGCCUGGUGCCGGAACACGCCACGCCCGCCACUCCGGCCACCCCUGCGACCACCACUCAAGUCUUUCAGCCAACCACAGUCCCCACCACUACUCAGGCUCCGCCCACCCUGGAACCGUGGCAAGCCAAGCCAGGUCAAAAGGUGGUGGAGAUAUUGUGGGAGGAUCAACAGAUCACGGAUGAAGCUGAGUGCGUGAGUACCGCCGGAGGAGAAUCUGCCGGCAUGAUGACCGUUUCCAUGGAGGUCGCCGAGGAAACAGCUGUGAAGUUGGUGGGGAACGUGAGCAGCUCUGCCGUGUUGUGGCGUGUAGGUGAAGCUGGUUAUGAGCAGUGCUCUGUUGCUGAUGGCACAAUCAUGUGGUUUCAACAGAGCUCGGAUGGAUUGGUCCUACCCGACCAGUCUCUGCCAUUCGGGCACAACUACUUCAUCAGUGUACUGCAUGUUGGGACACCCUCUGGUCCAGAGGUCACUUUGAGGCUGCACCUCAUGGUAAAAACCAAUAACUGCAUGGAACCCGGCAGAGGUUUCAGUGACCCACAAUGCUGUGGGAAAGGAAAAUGCAUCACCCAGUCUUCUGUGGACACGUUUUACUGCCAGUGUGGGGAUGGCUAUUCUGGAAUCUUCUGCGAGGAGUUUGACGCGUGCCACGUAAAUCCCUGUGAGAAUAACGGCACCUGUGCUGAUCUCAGACAGAGAGAUGAAGGACAAAACUACACUUGUACCUGCCAACCAGGUUUUGAGGGAGAUCGCUGUCAGUCUUUGGUGGAUCAAUGCGCUUCUGGACCCUGCAGGAAUGGAGCCACUUGUACCAGCAGUCUAGAAAGAGCUCACUGCUAUUGUGCAGAAGGUUAUCAAGGUGCCAUGUGUGAGCAGAAAAUCGACCCCUGUGCUUCUGGGCCCUGUCACAAUAAUGGCAGCUGUUUUCCACAGGGCACUGGUUUGGCCUUCAGCUGCACAUGUCCCGCUGGUUUCACUGGACCCACCUGCGCCCAGCUGGUGGACUUCUGCGCCCUCAACCCAUGCGCUCAUGGCAUCUGCCGCAGCAUUGGUACCAGCUAUAGGUGCCUGUGUGUGCCGGGUUAUCAUGGUCUGUACUGUGAAGAGGAGUAUAAUGAAUGUUUGUCUGCUCCCUGUCAGAACUACGCCACAUGCAGGGAUCUUAUCAAUGCCUACGAGUGCAUCUGCGCUCCUCGGUUCACAGGAAAGCACUGUGAGAUAUAUAAGGACCCCUGUCUGAAACUCAGAUGCCAGAAUGGUGGACGCUGUGAAAGCGGAGGGAGAAAUGCGUCCUGUGUGUGUCCACCAGGAUACAUGGGCGAGAACUGUGAAGUUGACGUGAAUGAGUGUGAGAGUAACCCCUGUCACCAUGGCGGCACCUGCAUCGACCAAUCAAAUGGCUACACCUGCCACUGCCCACCUGGAUGGGUCGGUGGCAGCUGUGAGAUCCAUUUGCAGUGGAAGAUGGCUCAGCCUGUGGACUCAUUGACCAAUAUGCCUCGUCACUCUCUCUACAUAAUAAUCGGCGCUCUGUGCGUUGCCUUUGUCUUGAUGCUCAUCAUCCUCAUCGUCGGCAUCUGUCGCAUCAGUCGGAUUGAGUACCAGGGCUCGUCCCGUCACGCCUACCAGGAGUUUUACAACUGCCGCAGCAUCGACAGCGAUUUCAGUAAUGCUAUCGCUUCCAUUCGCCACGCAAGGUUUGGAAAGAAAUCCAGACCAGCGAUGUAUGACGCCACUCCUAUCAGCUAUGAAGACUACAGUCCAGAUGACAAGCCCCUCGUCGCACUCAUUAAAACAAAAGAUUUGUGAAGCAAUACACUUUAAACACACACACAUAUAUAUAUCACACACACAGGCACUGUUCCAACCUUUGAAAUGAGCCAAUAAUUCAGCAUUUAUUUACAGAAAAUAGUUUAAAUAUAAAUCAAACCCCAACAUACAACUUUUGAUAUAUUUUACCAUUGUAACACAGUGAGCUUUUGGUGCUUUAUAUCAGUUAGAUUUUAUUCAUCAAGCACCUAUAGAGUGCAUCACAGAGUUAGUGUAAACCGGAGACAAAUGUGUUUUGUUUGCUGACGCAAAUAUUUUGUGGAAUGUGAGUAGAUGAAUACCAAGCUACAUGCCGAGGGAUUUAACCAACUAGAUCACAAAUACGAUAGCAGCAGUCCAGCUGUAGAAUUAGAUAUAAUAGCUCUCUUCGUACAGUUAUAUUGUAACUUUGUACAGGAGAAAAACAAAAUGUAAGAUGAUGUAGCUUGCCUUAACCGGUGCAUGGAUAGGAUCAAUGGAUAUCACAUUUCUCUUUAACCUUGUGUACAUUGUUGUUUACAGUUGAUUUCUUAUUGUUCAUUGUAGUCUCCUCUGUGUCUGGUGGUAGCAAAAGUCUUAAGAUACCACUGCUAAUGUGAAGGGAGCACUAACAGUGCUUUUAUAAGUAAUAUUCGGUUGUGACAUUUCACUGAGUAAUAAAAUAGGAGUUCUGCUCUGUAUUUCAUAGUGUUUUGUGGAACUUAACCGAUCGGACAUCUCUGUUUCAAUACAUCUGCAAAGCUCCUUAGUUCAAGCUCCAGAUGACCUCAGAGAGACGAAAGAAUUCAGGACAACCUUAUAACAAAAACAGGAAAACGAAAAGCUUAUUGUGAUUCAAACAGACUUUUAAAGAAAUAAAAUUACUUUUUUCAUUGGUAUCUAUUCUAUACAGACGUGGAUGAGCUCAUGAUAGGAGUCUUGGAACAUAAGCCAUGUCUCCUGCUGGCUGGAUAAAGCCGGUGUAGUUCUGCCGUGUGCUUCUGGUAUUCCUGCAGUUGGUUCCAGCUCUCUCUCUCUCUUUUUCUUUUCAUGCGUCUGGCUGGAGUGCUGUUCAUAUGUUUUCUGUCUUCCCAUCUCCAAUCCCCUCUCUCUUAUCUGCCAUAUGUAUUCCUAUGGUUAGCCUAUUGCUUAUUAUAGACAGGUAGAAGCUGCUCUCUAUGGCUGAUCUGACACCAGUUUUGCUAUUUUAUUGGUUGAAUUACAGUAACAUUUUGUGGCCAUCAUCAAUUGUGUAAUCUGUUAUGUUUCGAGUUGCUCUGAGACAUACAAAAUAAAUGAUGACAAGACAGUGAAUUGUCAUAGAAAACUACGACAGCUUUGUGUGACAAAUAGGCCAAAAUUGAAUGCUGUGAAGUUCGCUCGUAUGGGCAUGGCCAUCAGUUUGACCUCAGUUAUUUUCCUUUAGCGACUUAAAGGUGCCGUGUAUAAUAUUUAUUAUUUAUAACAAUUUCUUCAGAGGUGUAUAAAGACCUUACAUAAUGAAGCGUUAUGUUUUUAUUACUUUAGAAUGAGCUAAAGAAGGAUCUGAAUACACCGCGGGUCCCCUUACAUGGAAUUCGCCAUGUUGUUUCUAUAGUGGCCCUAAAUGGACAAACAGAGCACGUUUCGUAGGUACGUUAUCUCCUUCAGUAAAGAAGCGAAAACGUGAUAGCAUCUUGGUUCUGUGUCAGCCGCCGUAGUGCGUCGAAAGGGGGGGGUGGAGUGAGCCGUUGGUUGCAAUUCGAAACCUUACAACUAGAUGCCACAAAAACUUCACAUUGCUCCUUUAAACUGGCACGUUUUGAUGUUCUGAAGUAAGUAAAUGGAAAUUUUGGUCUGUUUCUUACACAAAGAUGUGUGUUUUUUGUCAUUUUUGCAGCAUGAUUGUUUGAAUCUUGUUUCAUUUUUGAAAGAUGUUUUCCAAAAAUCUUCCUAGAGAUCAACAGAAGAAAAUCAUACAAGUUUGGAACAUGAGGGUGAGUAAAUAAUGAGAGAAUUUGAAUAUAUUAGUAAACUAUCCCUUAAGCUACAUGGGUCUUAAAAACUGGCCUGGGGUCGGUUUUAAAGGGAAGCUUCUUCGCCUAAGCACUGUUUUUGUUAGACAAACGAUAACACACCUUUGGUUAUAUGUGGAAUGAUGUACUAAUAAAAGUUAAAGUGAAAA